UUCGUUGGAAACAUCAACAAGCCAAUAAUCAUUUUGUUAUUUUUGUUACCUUAAUUGCUGAGUAAUCUGUUUACCUAUUAAACCAAUUUUGAUAGUUAACUAAUUGGCCAACAAGAAACAAUGAAUUUACCAUUAACUUAUAAUUCUGAUCUUCAUGAUUUUCAUAAGAUCAUGAGCCUAAGAAGUCAUUACAAUUUCUUGGGUAACACUGGAUUGGAAGUUUUUAAAAUUGGUCUUGGAACUGGUCUUAUGGGUAAUGAUGUUGAUUUUGAUGAGAAUGGUGAACCACAUGGAGCCGAAUAUCAAAUUAGAGCUUCAACUGUUUAUCAAGCUUUGGAAGAGGGUAUUAAUUACAUAGACACUGCUCCGCUUUAUGGGGCAGGUAAGGCUGAAAAGAUCAUCGGAAAGGCUAUCCAAGGUUUACCUCGGGAAUCGUUUUAUUUGGCAACCAAAAUUGGCCGAAAUCAUCAAUGCCAAUUUGAUUAUUCACCAAGAGGUGUAAGGGAAACAUUUGAAAAGAGUCUUCAAAAUUUACGAGUUGAAAGUGUUGAUUUAAUUACUAUUCACGAUGUUGAAUUUUGUGACAAUUUAGAGUUAAUUGUUAAAGAUGUUAUUCCAAUACUUGAGCAAUACAAACGAGAGGGUAAAUUACGUUAUAUUGGUUGUUCUGGUUAUCCUUUAUCAUCUUUAGUUGAUUUAACUAAUCUAGCGAAAGGUAAACUUGAUUACGUACUUUCCUAUGGACGAACAACCCUUUUUAAUACUGACCUGAUCAAGUGUUCACCGUUGGUUAAUAAUGAUUCGCUUGGUUUGAUCAAUGCUUCACCUCUUGGCAUUGGUUUACUUACACCAAAAGUACUUGGUGAUCCACCGGUUCCUUAUUGGCACCCGGCGGAUCCUGAAUUGGUGCGAGAGUGUCAAAAAGCAGCUCAAAUGUGUCAGAGAGAAGGUGUUAGUUUACCUCGAUUAGCGACUCACUAUUCUUUUAACAAAUGUCCACGAGCGAGUUUACACUUGAUUGGUAUGAAUACACCUGAUGAACUUUCAACAAACUUAUCCAUUCUUAAAGAUGGUUUAACUAAUCGAGAAUUGAAAAUCGAAGCUGAAAUCGAGCAAAUGUUACAUCAAUGUUCAAAAACUCAUUGGGAAGGAAUUGAAUUAACUCGAUAUCGUCAAGAUCCGCAACAAUUUGCUGAUUAUUUACUCAAAGGUCCAAAAAAAUCUUGAAAACUUCCUAUAAACUUUAGUAUUUUACAAGAAUAAAAAGUUUUCUUUUAAAAUUAAUCCACAAAUGAUCACAAUUAGAUCGCAAAAAUGAAAUCAAUUAACAAACAAUCAGAUUGAUGAUCAGUUCAAUUGAACCAAUCACAAGAAUAACUGUAAAUAACGCAAACCGAAUGUACAACGUUGAUUAAAAUUCCAUCGGUGGGGACAAAUGUCGCCUUUUAGCGUCAACUUGUACUCAGAUCUUAUUCGUUA